CUAAAUGCCCACUGUCUUAUAGAGAGAGAGAGAGUCCUCUUUCUCUUUUCUUUCUCACAUGCACUGCAGCAGCUCCUUGGCAGAACGAUGUGAUUGAACGUUACUCUUUCUUUCUUCCUUCACAUUUUGCCAUAAUUCUAACUGGAGUAUUUAUAUUCUUCUUCCUUCUUCUGCAAUCUCUUUUAUCAACGUCGGUGAAUGUAAGAUUCAAUGCUCUCUGCAAGUGGUAUACUAUAAACUUGCGCAAUUUCAACCAAAAACCAUUUCUACGAAGCCCUUCUCUUAUCAACUUCAACCUGUCUUUUUUGUAUGGAUUAGAAAAAAACUGGUUUCUUGAUGGUUGUGAGUGUAGUUGAAGCCAGUUAUUAAGUUGGGAUUAUGGCUAAUUAUUUGAAAAUAAUUGCUUUUCUGAAAUUUCUAGUUGUGUUCUUGAGCGUUGCUUCCGGGGAUUCUGAUGAUGGGGCAUCUUUACUGGAGAUAAAGAAUUCAUUCAGAGAUGUGGAAAAUGUUUUGUAUGACUGGACAGACUCUCCAUCUUCAGGCUAUUGUGUAUGGAGAGGGAUAACCUGCGACAAUGUCACCUUUAAUGUUGUUGCAUUUAAUCUUUCGGGUUUGAAUCUUGAUGGCGAAAUCUCACCUGCCAUUGGACAGCUCAAGGGCCUGCUCUCUAUAGACUUGAGGGGAAAUCAUCUCUCGGGCCAGAUACCUGAUGAAAUUGGUGAUUGCUCAUCUUUGAGAAGCUUGGAUUUAUCGUUCAAUCUGCUGCGUGGGGAUAUUCCAUUCUCCAUUUCAAAGCUGAAGCAGCUAGAGAGCUUGAUUUUAAAAAAUAACCAGUUAAUCGGUCCAAUUCCCUCAACACUGUCUCAAAUUCCAAAUCUGAAAAUACUGGACCUGGCUCAGAAUAAGUUGAGCGGGGAAAUACCGAGACUUAUUUAUUGGAAUGAAGUUCUUCAGUAUCUAGGGUUGCGAGAAAAUAAUUUAGUCGGUACUCUUUCCCCUGACAUGUGUCAACUAACAGGGUUGUGGUACUUUGAUGUUAGAAACAACAGCUUGAUGGGUUCUAUACCUGAAAGUAUUGGAAACUGCACUGGCUUCCAGGUUUUGGAUUUGUCGUACAACAACUUUACGGGGGAGAUUCCAUUUAACAUUGGGUUUCUCCAAGUCGCUACCUUAUCAUUGCAAGGUAACCGGUUUUCAGGGCAAAUUCCAUCUGUAAUUGGAUUGAUGCAGGCACUUGCCGUUUUGGAUCUUAGUUGCAAUACGUUGAGUGGACCAAUCCCUUCAAUUCUUGGAAACUUAACUUACACUGAAAAAUUGUAUCUACAUGGAAACAACCUAGCUGGCUCCAUUCCCCCAGAGCUUGGCAACAUGACAAAGCUCCACUAUUUGGAACUGAAUGAUAACCUUCUUAGUGGGCAUAUUCCACCAGAACUUGGGAAGCUCACAGAUUUGUUUGACCUAAAUGUUGCCAAUAACCGCUUAGAUGGGCCUAUACCAGAUAAUCUUAGCUCUUGUACAAAUCUGAAUAGCCUUAAUGCACAUGGUAACAAAUUGAAUGGAACUAUUCCUCUUGUAUUUCAGAAGCUGGAGAGCAUGACAUAUCUGAAUCUAUCCUCCAAUGAUAUUAAGGGCCCCAUUCCAAUUGAACUUGCACGAAUUGGAAAUUUAGAUACUUUAGAUCUCUCAAACAAUCGGAUCAGUGGUUACAUACCUUCUUCGCUCGGUGACUUGGAGCAUCUCCUGAAACUGAAUUUGAGCAAGAAUGAUUUGACUGGAAUCAUACCAGCUGAGUUUAGUAACCUAAGAAGUGUAAUGGAGAUCGAUCUUUCAAACAACCAUCUCUCGGGCCCGAUUCCUCAGGAUCUUGGUCAGCUUCAAAAUCUCUUCUUGCUAAAUCUGGAGAACAAUUCUUUAUCUGGUGAUGUAAUGUCUCUGGCCAAUUGUAUCAGUCUCACAAUCCUGAAUAUGUCUUAUAACAACCUUGACGGGAAUAUUCCGACAGGCGAUAACUUUUCAAGGUUUUUACCUGACAGCUUCUUGGGAAAUCCUAGUCUUUGUGGAUACUGGCUUAGCACUUCUUGUCGUGCAUCUCGUGCAACUGAGCACGUGUUUUGUUCAUUUGUGUAUGCAGUUGUAAUUUCAAAAGCAGCUAUACUGGGAAUUGCAUUGGGUGCCUUGGUCAUUCUUCUUAUGAUCUUGGUAGCGGCUUGCCGACCACACUAUCCAAAAUCUUUUAUGGACGGACCAUUCAAAAAACCAGUUAAUUACUCUUCCCCAAAGCUUGUUAUCCUUCACAUGAAUAUGGCCCUCCAUGUAUAUGAAGACAUUAUGAGGAUGACAGAGAACCUGAAUGAGAAGUAUAUAAUUGGUUAUGGAGCGUCAAGCACUGUGUAUAAAUGUGUUCUCAAAAACUGCAAGCCUGUGGCUGUUAAGAAACUCUAUUCUCACUACCCACAUUGCCUAAAGGAAUUUAAGACAGAGCUUGAGACAGUUGGGAGCAUUAAGCAUCGAAACCUAGUUGGUCUCCAAGGAUAUUCCCUCUCUCCUCAUGGAAAUCUUCUGUUUUAUGAUUACAUGGAAAAUGGAAGCCUAUGGGAUCUCCUUCAUGGGCCUACCAAGAAAAAAAAGCUUGAUUGGGAUACUCGUCUAAAAAUAGCAUUGGGUGCUGCACAAGGGCUUGCGUAUCUUCACCAUGAUUGUAGCCCUCGCAUAAUCCACCGGGACGUGAAGUCAUCCAACAUUUUAUUAGACAAGGAUUAUGAAGCCCAUCUCACAGAUUUUGGCAUUGCCAAAAGCUUAUGCACAUCGAAAUCCCAUACUUCAACUAACGUAUUGGGAACAAUAGGUUAUAUUGAUCCUGAGUAUGCCCGUACUUCUCGUCUUACAGAGAAGUCUGAUGUCUACAGCUACGGAAUUGUCCUACUCGAGUUGCUCAGUGGAAGAAAAGCAGUGGAUAAUGAAUCCAAUCUUCAUCAUCUGAUAUUAACCAAGGCAUCGAACAAUGCAGUCGUGGACGCAGUUGAUCCUGAGAUCUCCAAGAUAUGUAAAGAUCUCGGAGAAGUUGAGAAGGUUUUUCAGCUAGCUCUUUUAUGCACCAAGAGACUACCAUCUGAGAGGCCAACGAUGCAUGAAGUGGCUCGAGUACUUGGGACCAUGGUGCCACCAUCCAACCUAAAAACUCUAACCCCAUCACCAUCAGGUCCUUGCUACAUGGAUGAGUAUGCAAAUCCAAAGACUCCUCACUUGGCUAAUUGUUCAUCCAUGAGCACCUUGGAUGCCCAACUCUUCCUCAAGUUCGGAGAAGUUAUAUCCCAGAACAGCGGUUGAACUUUAGUAGAAAGGAAUCUCUAGCUUGCUGAAAGAAUCUAAGAAAAAAAUUGAGAUAUUGUCAAAGAUGUAUUUCCAAUUAUUAAGCUCUGCAAAAUAGACUGGCUCUUUGGCAUCAAGAAGUAAAAGUAUUGACAUUUUGAAUACUGUAUGAACUUGUAGUUAAGGACCACUGUGUGUAAAAAUGUUUAGCCAUAUAUGCUAGUACAUAAAUUUUCCCUCGAGGUUCACUUUUUCC